AUGCCAUUUUAUUCUAGUUCCAGCCGUUCCAAGAAGUCGAACAGGUCCUCCGCGGGGUCCGUCCUCUCCAUGGCUUCAAAGACAACAUCUAAAGGAUCCAAGUCCUCCGUAGAGAAGAAGGCCCUGAAAGAAGAUAUCCACUUGUCACCUGGCGCACAGAAGAAGGACGAAGCGAACAUUGGCUCCUCCCAGAGACCGCAAGACGCUCUGGAUCCUAAGCUCAAUGCAGAAAAAGGGCAGAAACCAUCUCCAAACGUGUUCGAAUAUCUCGACGAGGAUACUUCCUCAGAGGAUGAGAGCUCGUCAGAAAGGGAAGAUGUGAGUGCGCCUUCUGCUCAAGCCUCUAAACGUCUCAGGAUGUAUUCGAGACCCACAAACACUGGUUCAAAUGUCAAUGCUCAUAUCAAUACCAUGUUCCAGCCCCAGGAAGACAGACGAGCAAGCAUUCGAAGUCAAACUUCAUCGAAAUCCAAGACACCCGUCAACGCCCGGCAAUUGUACCAGGCUGAUGCCUCUCCAAGGACAGUGUCACCACAGCUGUUGCGCAGCAAUGCAACACACAAGAAAGUCUCAUUGGAAGAAGCGUACAGGAUGCCGGGUACACUCGCGGAUAGCGUAGCUCCUGGCGAUCUUAACCUGGAUCUUACGACCCUACCAGAGACUUACCACCCUUCUCGAAAUCCCACAACACAUAGACCUCCUCUUCCUCCAUCACCUCCGCGAAGCCCCAGGGUGGAUCUUCACCGGACCCCGAACUCAAAGAGAUCUCGGCGAAAUACCAAAUCUUCGCACAUACCGCUUGGCUAUGGAAUUCUCUCCAACCAGCUGAGCUCGUCUUCGGACAGCAAGGAACCUCAUCUCCCUCCGCUGUACCGCCGAUUCGAAGAUCUCAAUCACCGUGUGCUUCUGUAUCUCCAAGAUGAGAUCGCACAGAUGGAAGAAGAUCUCCGAGUUCUCGAUGAAUACGAGGAAAUGCAUCGAAUUGCCACCGCUGAACAAGAAGGAACGAAAAAGAUGCCCGCCUCGAGACGGAUGGAUGCCCAAGCUCAGGUCUACUCAUCCUUGCACUACAGACGGAUUGAGGUUAUGGGUGCUUUGAUCCAGAAAACGGAGCAAUAUAACAACGCACUCGCCGCAUAUAGCAAAGUCGUCCAAACCCUACCACGUGCCUCCGACAAGGACAUCGACACCUAUCGCACCUGGAUGAAAGAAAAUUCGCCCAUCGUCAUCGCGGAGAGCCGGUUCCUGGACCACGGGGAGGACCUCGUCUCUCUGACGCCCGGUCGUGCCGCCCAUUCGACCCCGGUCUACUCCGCCAUCAUCAUCGCCUCUGCCGCCAUCCUCCUCCCCUUACUCACAUUCAGCAUGAUCGCCGAGUUCUCCGGCCGGCUGCUCGUGGUUGCCCUCGUUGGCGGCGCAGCGUCCAUCAUCGCGACAAGUUACUCCGCCGGCGCAGAGCACUUGGUCGAAUCACGGGACGGAUGGAGAUCUGCUAUGCUAUACUUCGGCUUCAUGACCGUCGCAGCCCUGUUCAUCCCCUGA